AUGGGCAAGUACAACUUCACAGCCCUGCGGGUGCGGCAGACGGCGCUCAGCCAAUUCGCCAGCGGCAAGACCAGCAAGCUGCCCCAAUGGGUCGAUGUGGUCGGCGAGAUUCCUCCUGCCGAAACAAUUACUCGCACCCGACCGUUUCAACAUCAACUCGUUCGGCAGCGCCUGAAGACCGUCGAUGGGUCCUCAAAACCGCAGGUCGUCUUUGAAGUCCAGGAGAAGCGCAUCAAGCCGAAGAAGGCCAGCCGUCUGUUCCAACCCGUGGAAAUCAAGUACGAGGAGGAUCAACUGCGAAGAGAGUUCUUCCGCGACCACCCGUGGGAGCUUGCCCGGCCUCGUGUACUCCUCGAAAGCACCGGCAAAGACUUUGAGAACUAUGACUGGAGCCGGAUCCAGCAGCCCGGAAAGCGAUUGGAUGGCGAAAGUGUUGUCCAACGCCAGCUUUACCUCCUCAACACCGUUCCAAACAUGACUAAGAGUGAGGCCUAUGACCAAGCCCGCCAAGAAUUCUAUCGACUUCGCUUGAAGGAGGACAUUGAGCGACGGGUUGCUGCGGAGGAGGCCGAGGCCACAGGCGCAACCUUUGGGCCGCGACACUUGGAUAUGGGAAUGGAGGGCGAGAACCAGCAGUUCGAGCGGUGGAAGAAGUGGGCGCAACGAGCGUCCCAGAUCAUCGAGCAGCGCAAGGCGGCUCUGUCGGGAGCUCCAGAGAUCAUGGAGGAGCAGGUGGUGCCGCUAGAAGAGACCGAAGAAGAGGCACCCGCGGCGGCAGCAUAG